AUGUCUUUCUCGGAUCUAAAUAUGUCUGCAAGCUCAACUCCUGGUCCCAGCAAUCUGCUGGGUGCUCUUCCUGAAAACUCUUCUACUGUGCUCAAUCUGGAAGUCUUGCUGAACCUAUUACAGCAACAGAUGGUCCAACACCAGGAUCUAAUGGCUGCAAUCCAGGCACAACAACAAGACCAACAAACCUUGAUGAACACGGUUCAGAUGCACCUUCAGAAUUCUGCACCCAUUCCUGCUCUAGCUCCUGUUGUGGCAACUUCUAAUCCCACAGCCAAGUUCCCUGAUCCAACGGCUUUUACGGGUAAACCAUCUGGGGUCCACUCCUAUAUUGCCAAAAUCAAGUCUCACUUCAUGCUCUACCCAAAUCUGUUCAAUUCCAAUUUGCCCAAACUACGUAUUUUGGUGUGUGGCUCAAGAAUGAAAACUGCAUCGAAAUGGUUUAUGGGUGUCACUCAUGCCGAUGCUACCUUGCUAAACGACUUUGCAUGCCUCAAGGGAGCCUUUGAGAAACAUUUUGGAGAUGUUGAUUAUGUGGAAACUGUGCAUCGAAAGCUUUGUGCCCUUAGGCAUACUGCUAUUGGGAAGGCCGCCAAGUAUGCUGCAGAGUUUAAAUGCAUCAAAGUUGACUGCCAGCAUUCCAAUUAUGACUAUAGGUCGAUUUAUUUUGAUGGACUGCACAAUACGAUCCAGGCUUAUUUGAUCAUUGAUGUGCCUGAUAACUUGGACACAUUAAUGGCUAAGUCAAUCGAAAUUGACCUGUGUCUGUUCAAAAUGAUCUCUCACAGAAAAAUCAAGAUUCACACCAAGUCUCAGCCACCUCUCAAUCCUGAACUUCUUGCUCCAUCUACCCAACCUCUUACUCCUAGUGCUGUGAAACCCAGCCCUGCACCGUCCCUUCUGCCUCCCAAUCCAAAUGGUUCCGGUCCCAUGGAAAUCGAUGUUGUAAGAAUCACUGAAGCUGAAAAGAAUCACCAUCGUUGA